AUGAGUGUUGCAGAAGGUUCGUUACGUUCAACCGAAGUUAUUAUUCUUUGGGUUUAUAAGCUGUCUUUUUUUUUUCUCUCUCCGUUUUUCUUUUUCUUUUUUAUUUCCUCUCUUUAUUUACUUUUUCUUUUUUUCUUAUUCAUUUUCUCUUUCAUUUUCGCGUUUUUCUUUCUUUUUCUCUUUCUUUCUUUUGUAUUUUCUGUCCUUGUCCUUUCUUUGUUUUUCGAUCUCUUGUUCUUUUUUGCAUUUCUUCCCUUUCUUUCUCUUCUUUUAACUUUUUCUUCUUUUUUUUUUUCCAGCGUUCGUUUUACUUGUCUUCUUUUUCUUUCUUUUCAUUCUUUCUUGUUCACUUUCUACUCUUUCUUUCUUUUACGUACUUUCUCUCUUUCUUUUUUGUAUUUUCUUUUUUUUGCCUUUUCUUUAUGUUUUUUUUCUUUUCUUCUUUUUUUUUACAUUUCUUCAUCUCCUUUUAACUAUUUCUUUCUUUCUUUCUUUUUCUAUCUUUUUUUACAGAAUUCAUUUUACUUAUCUUUACUGGUAUCUUUAUACUAUUGCUUUCCACUCCCUUUCUUUCUCUCUUUUUUGUUUAGUUCUUUCUUUUUCCAAAUUCGUUUUUACUCUUUCUUUCAUUUCUAUGAUAUCUGUUUAUACUUUCUUUCUUUCUUUUUUUUAUAUUGUCUUUCUUUACCUUUUCAUCAUUUAUUGCCCACUUUCUACCCCUUUUUUUUUUCGUAUUUUUCAUUUUUUUUCUCUUUUUUCUUUAGUAGUUUCUUUUUUGUCUCUUCUUUCAUUAUAUUUUUUAAAUUUCUUCUUUUCUUUCUUUCCAGCAUUCGUUUUUAUUCUCAUUUAUCUUUCACAAUCCCAUUCGUUUUAACUCCUUUCUUUCUUUCUUUCUUUCUUUCUUUCUUUCUCAUUCGUUUUUAUUCUCAUUUUUCUUUCUCGAUCCAAUUCGUUUUCAUUCCCUUUCUUUCUUUCUUUCUUUCUUUUUUUCUUUCUUUCUUUCCAUCAUUCGUUCAUACUACAUUUUAUUACUUUCUUUUUCCAUUCUUUCAUUUUUGUUUUUUCCUUGAAGCAUUUAAUCCUCCCCUCUUUUUCUUGAUUUCACUUAUUUUUGUCGUUUGUUUUUACUCAUUUUCUUUUCUUUCUUUUUUUCUUUUUUGCUUCCUUUCUCUCUUGAGCCUCUUUUUCUCUUAUUUCUUCUUUUUCUUGUAUAUCUUUAUUUAUCUAUUUAUUUUUUUUUUGUCUGUUUCUGCCUGA